CGGUAUUUGCUUUCGAGUUAGCUUAUGUUUUCUUUUUCUCAUUCAAAGCCGGAAGUUUCUGAAUGAUAAAACUGGCUAGCCAAAGAGAGCGAGAGGCGAGAGCUUCGGGACAAACACCAAUCAGCAACUACCUACCAGAAAGAUUGUUGUAGUUUUUCUAAUAGGAACUGCUGGUUGUUGUAGGUCAGGCCAUGUAGCUGUAGAACUACAAAUCCCAAUUAGUUUCAUUGGCUUGGGUUGCCGACGUUCUACAGACAGAACAAAAGCCGAGUAAGAUAGAAACAUAAGUUGUUGUUGUUUUUUUCUGGUUUGACCACUACAUUGUGGAAUGAUGCUUGACGAGUCAAAGAGCAAUACAGUCUUACUUGUCUUGAAUACCUCCAUGUAAUGGACCAAUCAGUAAACAGGAAGGGCGGGAUCAACUGUGAAAUAUUUAGCUCCGCGAGCGACCUGCUGCGGCGGUGACGAGAACCAGCGAAGCUGCGCACGAGAUCGCACAGCAUCCCAUUCUCACCGAUACCGUUUAUUAGCUUCCAUUUUUACUGCCAUGUUGAUCUUCCUGCCCCUCCUCCUCCUAUUGCCGGGCACCGUUUGCCGGGCAGGGGACAUUCCGGAGGAUGCCACGGCAGAGUUCUCAGUCAGGUUGUACCACCAGCUGCAGGCAGCGAGCGGGGAGGACAACAUCAUCUUCUCACCCCUGAGCGUGGCCGUGGCCCUGGGCAUGGUGGAGCUGGGAGCCCGGGGGUCCUCUCUCAGGGAGAUACGCCAGGCCGUGGGCUUCAGUCACCUACCUACUGAUGAGGAGUUUUCCCUGCUCCAGAACCUGACGGGUGCUCUGUCUAACGACGACAGCAACUACGUGAUCCGAUUGGCCAACAGCCUCUUCCUGCAGGAGGGCGUGACCUUCAACCCUGACUUCCUGCGUCUCAUGAGGAAGUAUUUCCGGGCCGAGGUGGAGACAGUGGACUUCAGCGAAUCAGCAGCCGUCGCCGAGCAGAUAAACACCUGGGUAGAAAAUCACACAGAGAGUAAGAUCCGAGAUCUCCUCUCAGCGGAUGACUUCAGCAGUGUAACCCGCCUGACCCUGGUCAACGCUGUGUACUUUCGGGGGAGCUGGAAGAACCAGUUCAGACCGGAAAACACCAGAACCUUCUCCUUCAGCAAAGAUGAUGGCAGCGAGGUCCAGACUCUCAUGAUGUACCAGCAGGGAGACUUCUACUACGGUGAGUUCAGCGACGGCUCGUCGGAGGCUGGCGGCGUGUACCAGGUUCUGGAGAUGCCUUAUGAGGGGGAGGACAUGAGCAUGCUGCUGGUGCUGCCCAGACAGGAGGUGCCUCUGGCUGCCCUGGAGCCCAUCAUCAAGGCCCCCCUGCUGGAGGAGUGGGCCAACAACGUCAAGAGGCAGAAGGUGGAGGUCUACCUGCCCAGGUUCAAGGUGGAGCAAAAGGUGGACCUGAGAGAGAGCCUGCAGGAGCUGGGCAUCAAGAACAUCUUCACUAAGGAUGCUGAUCUCUCCGCUAUGACAGAUGGGAAGGACCUGUUCAUUGGGAAGGCCGUGCAGAAAGCGUACCUGGAGGUGACAGAGGAGGGGGCGGAGGGGGCCGCAGGAUCAGGAAUGAUAGCCCUCACCAGGACUCUGGUACUUUACCCUCAGGUCAUGGCUGAUCACCCAUUCUUCUUCAUCAUCAGAAACCGGAGGACAGGGUCCAUCUUCUUCAUGGGCAGAGUCAUGACCCCUGAGGUCAUCGACCCCAGCGACCACGACUUUGAGUCCAUGUAACCACAACAAACAACUGCCAAUCAGAAUUGGGUGUGCUGCGAUCCUGCUAUGAGCUCACACACUCAGAGCCAAUGCAAUCCCAGCAUUACAACAUCAAUAACACAAUUUAUCCACCCCUCAUUCAUUGUCACCUGUGUUUUUAUACUCCUUGUGGGAAUAUAUAUAAUGCAAAUGUUAUAUGAUACAGGAUAUACAUAUAUUGAAAUAUAUUACAUACAACCGGUGUGUUUUGAUAUGGUAAGCUUUGAGGCACUUUGAGAUAUUUGAGAGAGAUAGAGAAAGGUGUAAAUAUUUAGGUAAAUCAAUGUUUCUACUAUACACUGUAUAUUAGAUAAAAAGACAGAACACAUACUAUGUCCACAAAGCAACAUUCACCACACCACUCUCUUCCUGUAUAUUUGAUGUUGUGUUAUAAAUAGAGAGUAGAUAUUUAUUGCAAAAAAAGUGACAUAAUGACAUAAUGUUUCUCAACCACACUGAAUCUUAGUGAAUCAUUAUUUUAUUUCCUGUGUUCUUUUUUACGCUAUGGGUACAUGGUAAAAAUACUGAUGAAGUAAUAUGUUGCCUUAUAUGAGUUGUUGAUUUAGCCAAGCCUUCAACAGGUGAACUAAGGGGACUGCGCCACACAGGUUGCUAUAGAGACAAGGCUUGCGGUUGUGUUGGAAACUGCAUUUUUAGAUUACAGGGAGAAAAUGGUUAACACCAGCUGUAUGCACUCCUUUCCUUAAUAAACAUGAAUGUGUUACAA